AUCAUAAACUUCCGGUUCGCGUACACGCACUGAAACAUGGCGAAAGAUAAUUCUUUUGCAGAACCAUAAAAAAUCAUCAUUGACAAUGUGAUUGAAUAAGGUAUAGCAACGUUAAGUACACGUUAAUUCUUUGUUAGCUGUGGUGUAGGCAAGUGUUAUUGAUCCGAAAUUCAGACAAUAAAAAAAAUGGCAGGUGUUGGAAUGGACACAAAGAUAUACCCCUCAGAGAAAUAUGACAGGGUUCGAUUUUCUUCGGACCAAGGGGGAGCUGGUCCAUCGGCCAUGAAUUUGAAAGAAAGAAAAAUCCAACAGGAUCGGUUUUAUGAGGUGCAAUCAGCUUUGACACUUGAGGAGGCGCGAUACUCAGAAAUGCGUAAAAAGAUCCCUGGACUUGGUCGCAUUCCUAACGAUCGCAUUAAUACACAGAGCCAGGAUUCGGAAUUUCAGAAGAGAAAACAAGAACAUGUGGUAUUUGUUAAACAAAAUUUUCGACAAAUUGAGUGUAGCAAGUUUGUGCCAGACCCUAAAAAGCUUGGAGUGAAGAAGAUCAGGGACUUAAAAUGCCACUGUGGAGAAAUUUUGACAGAGCAUGCUGGACUUUCCAGUGCUCAACCAAUGAACAAUGUUCAAAGGGACAUUGUGGAGGCAUAUCUUAUUCCGGAGAAGUUGAGAAGCCACAUAAAUCGGGAGACCCUCUUCAAAGCUCCUCCAGAAAAUUUAGCCUCACUUUUACACUCAGUUCCCUGGAGUAAAGAGGAUGCGUUCCGGGAAAACAUCUGUACAACAUUUGGCAAAAUCAGUUUUGUGAACAAUGACAACUCCAAACCUGCUAAGUAUGUGCGACUAAGUCACAAUGACUCCGUAGACAGAUGCUUGGAACGUAUGGAAAAACACUGGAAAAUAAUGGAACCCAAACGUCCCAGCUUGUGUAUAUCUGUAAUAGGAGGGGCAAAGAGCUUCAAGCUGGACAACAAGAUGAGAGAAACGUUCAACACUGGUCUCAUUAAGGCGGCAAAGACAACAAAUGCUUGGCUGAUCACAACUGGGUCAAAUGUCGGGGUGAUGAAGGCGGUCGGGAAUGCGGUCAGUGAGGGACAGUCCUUCUUGUGGGACGACGACCGCAUCACCCACACUCUGCGUCUGAUCGGUAUAGGGCCCUGGGGAUAUGUCAAAGACAGGAAAUACCUGGAGAGUGAUGGAGAUGGCUGCUUUCCAGUUCAUUUCAAUACCAGCAACGUUAUUCAACAUGGUAAGCCUGUGCCCUUAAAUCCGAAUCACACACACUUUGUGUUUGUCGACGAUGGAUACAGGAACAAUUAUAAAGGAGCGUCUGAGUUUCGGGCAUCAUUUGAGCAGAAAGUCUCCAAACCUACAGAGGCUGGUGGGUUAGGGAUACCGGUUGUGUUGGUGAUCUUAGAGGGCGGGACUGACGCUAUCAGUGACGCCAUGGUGUCUCUCAAUCACCAUAUUCCCGUUGUCGUCUGUUCAGGAACGGGCCGGGCAGCAGAAAUCCUGGCCUAUGCUUAUUCUCACACACGCAGCAAGUAAGAGUUAUUGCCCUUGAUGGUACUUAAAUCUUAGACAAUCUUGUAGCUGCUCUAAUUUUGAUCCUGUGUGAUAUACUUUAUUUUGAGAAUGACUAAGAUAACGUGACAUUUUAGUCUUGAUUCAAAUAAUGAAUUUUUUAAAAAUUAACUAAUGGUAUACAAAUCCCAGAAUUCAAAAUACAUGUUCAUGUGUAGCUGAUAAAUGUUUUAGAUAUACCUGUACUUAUAUAUAGUUCAUUAUAUACAAAAUGUACAUAUGUUUUCAAUAUAACUGCAAAUCAGAAAUACCUAUAAGUACUUAGGUUUAGUGAAUUUUUUCUCAAAUCUCGAAUAAAUGCAAUAUACAUGUACAUGUAUUAUCUUAAUUGCUCUUGCCAAUAAAAUUUUGUAUCUUUAUAUUGUGAUAAACUUGUUAUAUGGCCAAUCCAAUUUUGUGUUGCAAUAGAAAUAAAAAAAAAUUGAUUUCAGUAUUAUUCAUAAUGAUCUAACAUAUACCAUCUCUGAUGUCUGACUUUCUGUAUAUACUUAGAAAUCAUGAUUCUAAAACUCCCAGAAAUCGGUAACUACAGCUUAGAAUUUCUUCUUGCAGUGCUAGAGUGUGCAUUUACUUGUACCAUCUGCCAAUCAUAAUUUCAUGUAUUACAUCCAGCUUGGAGUGUCAGUUUUUAAUGUUAAACAACUGAGGCUGUUUGCUCUUUAAUCCAACUUUUCUGUCACAUACACUGAAAGCCUGCUUGAAAAUAUAAUUAAAACAUUUUGUUGCUCGAUCUUGACAUAUCUUGGUAAGAUCAAUUGAUGUGAGAAUGAAAUCCACA